CUCAUGUAUAUAGUCAAGAUCAUAAUGCAAUGAGUAAACCCAGGAAUAUAAAACAGAAUAAUAACAAAACCACGCCACUGCAAUCAACUACAUUUUGGAAAUCAUACUCUCACCAUUUGUUACACUUUUUCUCAAAUCAUAACUAUAAGUUCACGAAAAUCCAAAAGGAUAUUAAUUUGGUGGCCAUUUCCAUAGAUUUGCUCCAAAACUUCACUACUGUAAUCAAUACCUACAUUUAAUAUUUUUUAUUUAGUUUCUUGCCACCUUUUUUCCCAUUUAUAUGGCCUCCUCUGCUCCCUCGUUUCUCAUAGUUUCUCUCAUUUUUCAACUAUUUCUUUCAAAGUAUUAUAGCAAUUUUAGGAGAUGGGUGAUCUUUUUUGUGCCGAUGAGAAUAGCAAUGGAGUGAUUAAUGGAAAAUUAGGGCAUUCAUCUCCAAAUGGUUACAGGAAGAGUUGCUGGUAUGAAGAAGAGAUUGAAGAGAAUUUGAGAUGGUCUUUUGCUCUCAAUAGCAUUUUGCAUACAGGAGCUUCAAAGUAUCAGGAUAUUGCACUGCUAGACACAAAACCAUUUGGAAAGGCACUAGUGAUUGAUGGGAAGCUUCAAAGUGCAGAGGUGGAUGAAUUUAUUUACCAUGAAUCUCUAGUUCAUCCACCACUUCUACAUCAUCCAAAUGCAAAGACAAUAUUUAUCAUGGGAGGAGGUGAAGGUUCAACUGCAAGAGAAAUAUUGAGACAUAAGACUGUUGAGAAGGUUGUCAUGUGUGAUAUUGAUGAGGAGGUGGUAGACUUCUGCAAGGCAUACUUGGCUGUGAACAAAGAAGCUUUCUGUGAUGCAAGACUUGAUAUAAUUAUCAAUGAUGCCAGGAAUGAGCUAGAAAGUAAGAAAGAUUGCUAUGAUGUGAUAAUAGGGGAUUUGGCAGACCCAAUAGAAGGAGGCCCAUGUUACAAACUCUACACCAAAUCCUUUUAUGAAUUUACUGUUAAACCCAGACUUAAUCCGGGUGGCAUUUUUGUCACACAGGCAGGACCAGCUGGAAUUUUCAGCCAUACAGAAGUUUUCUCUUGCAUCUACAACACUUUAAGGCAGGUCUUCAAAUAUGUUGUGCCUUACUCGGCUCAUAUUCCAUCCUAUGCUGAUACUUGGGGAUGGAUCAUGGCUUCAGAUUCGCCAUUGGUGCUAAAUGCUGAUGAGUUAGAUUUAAGAAUAAAACAGAAUAUAAAAGGAGAGAAUAGGUACCUUGAUGGUAAAACAUUUUCAUCUGCCUCUAUCUUGAGCAAAGCCGUCCGCAAAUCACUGAACAAUGAAACUCAUGUAUACACUGAAGGAACAGCAAGAUUCAUAUAUGGGCAUGGGAAGCAAGAACAUGCUUAAGAAAAUUAAUACAAAGGAGCCCCCAUCAGAAGCACAAUACUAGAAGUUGUAGGCAUUUUCAGAAUGAAAGUAGAAUAUAAUGUUUUUAUUUUGUUUUUUAUAUGCUUAUUUAUUAUCUAUAUGUUAAUUUAAUUUCUAAAGCUUGGACAUUUUUCUACUUCUGUAUCUCAAUGGAAUGAUAUUAUAGUAAUGGAUCCUUGUUUGUGUUUUA